AUGAGUCUGAAAAGAUGUCUACUAAAUGAUUCAAGAUUAUUAUCAAGAUCUUUCAGAGCAAGAACUUCAAAUCUUCGAUGCUUUACAACUCAAUCCAAAAUCAAUCCAAUCAAAAGAAACAUCAUAGCUUCAAAACCAAAAUUAUCAACAUUCAAAAGAUUUGCAUCAACAGAAGUAUCAUUUGAAGAAAUGGAUGAAGAAAUCAAAGAACUUUUAACAGAAGAAAGAGCAGUUGAUAAAGUUGAUGUCUGUAUAGUAGGAGGAGGUCCAUCAGGUCUUGCUACUGCAAUCAAAUUAAAACAAUUAGAAUUAGAAAAUGAAGGUAGAGAAAUUAGAGUUGUUGUUCUUGAAAAAGCACCAGAUAUGGGUUCACAUAUAGUUUCAGGUGCAGUUUUAGAACCAAGAGCAUUAAGAGAAUUAUUCCCAGAUAGUGAAUAUUAUGAUGAAAAUGGUGAAGGAAUUCCAUUACCACCAGAAAUUGUUACCGCUGUUACUAAAGAACAUAUGAGAUAUUUAUAUAAUGAUUGGGCAAUUCCAAUUCCUGAACCUCCACAAAUGGUUAAUUUAGGUAAAAAUUAUAUUGCAUCAUUAAGUGAAGUUGUUAAAUAUUUAGCUGAACAAGCUGAAGAAUUAGGUGUUGAAGUUUAUCCAUCAACCGCAGUAUCAGAAAUCAUUUAUGAUGAAGAAACUGGUGCUGUUAAAGGUGUUGCAACUAAAGAUAUGGGUAUUUCUAAAGAUGGUACUCCAAAAGAUUCGUUUGAAAGAGGUAUGGAAUUCCAUGCUAGAUUAACUGUUUUCUCUGAAGGUUGUCAUGGUUCUUUAUCUAAACAAGUUAUAAAUAAAUAUAAAUUAAGAGAAGGUAGAGAUAAUCAAACUUAUGGACUUGGUAUUAAAGAAAUUUGGGAAGUUGAUCCAUCAAAAUUCCAAAAAGGUUAUGUUUCUCAUACAAUGGGGUAUCCAUUAUCUUAUGACGUUUAUGGUGGUGGAUUUAUGUAUCAUUUUGGUGAUGGGUUAGUUUCUGUUGGGUUAGUUAUUGGAUUAGAUUAUGAAAAUCCAUGGGUUUCACCAUAUCAAGAAUUUCAAAAAAUGAAACAUCAUCCAUUUUAUUCAAACGUUUUAGAAGGUGGGAAAUGUAUUUCAUACGCAGCAAGAGCUUUAAAUGAAGGUGGGUUACAAUCUGUUCCAAAAUUAAAUUUCCCAGGUGGUGUUCUUGUUGGUGCCUCUGCUGGAUUUAUGAAUGUUCCAAAGAUUAAAGGUACUCAUACAGCAAUGAAAUCAGGAAUGUUAGCAGCUGAACAAGCUUUUGACAUAUUAAAAGAUUUAGAAAAAAUUAAAACUGAAGAAGAUGAAGAUUAUGAUCCUGAAUUACAUGAUGAAUUAAAUGAAUCUCCAAUAAAUCUUGAAAGUUAUGAAGAAGCUUUUAAAGGAUCAUGGAUUUAUGAAGAAUUAUAUGAAAUCCGUAAUGUUCGUCCUUCAUUUGGUACAGGAUUAAAAGGUUGGGGUGGUAUGGCAUAUGCUGGUUUAGAAACAAUGUUCUUAAAAGGUGAAGUUGCAUGGACUUUACAUCAUCAUCAUUCAGAUUCAAGUAUAACAAAACCUGCAUCAGAAUAUGAAAAAAUUGAAUAUCCAAAACCAGAUGGUAAAAUUUCAUUUGAUAUCUUAACAUCAGUUUCAAGAACAGGUACUUAUCAUGAUGAAAAUGAAAGAAAUCACCUAAGAAUACCAAAUCAAGAUAUGGAAAAACAUACUAAAAUAUCAUAUCCAAAAUUUAAAGGUGUUGAAAAUAGAUUUUGUCCUGCUGGAGUUUAUGAAUAUGUUGAAGAUGAAUCAAGUGAAUUAGGUGUUAAAUUUCAAAUUAAUUCACAAAAUUGUAUUCAUUGUAAAACUUGUGAUAUUAAAGUUCCAACUCAAGAUAUUAAUUGGACUGUUCCUGAAGGUGGUGGUGGUCCAAAAUAUGUAAUGACUUAG